CCCCUCGGCGCACGGUGGCCCGGGCCGGCGCGUCCAUGGCCUUCCCCCACCGCCCCGACGCCCCGGAGCUGCCCGACUUCUCCAUGCUCAAGAGGCUGGCGCGGGACCAGCUCAUCUACCUGCUGGAGCAGCUUCCUGGGAAAAAGGAUUUGUUCAUUGAAGCAGAUCUCAUGAGCCCUUUGGAUCGAAUUGCCAAUGUCUCCAUCCUGAAGCAACAUGAGGUAGACAAGCUGUAUAAGGUGGAGAGCAAGCCAGCCCUCAGCUCCAGUGAACAAUUGUGCUUCUUGGUCAGACCCCGUAUCAAGAAUAUGCGCUACAUUGCCAGUCUUGUCAAUGCUGACAAAUUGGCUGGCCGAAUUCGAAAAUACAAAGUGAUCUUUAGCCCUCAGAAGUUUUACGCUUGUGAGAUGGUGCUGGAGGAAGAGGGAAUCUAUGGAGAUGUGAGCUGUGACGAGUGGGCCUUUUCUUUGCUGCCUCUUGACAUGGACCUGCUGAGCAUGGAGCUGCCAGAGUUCUUCAGGGACUACUUCCUAGAAGGGGACCAACGUUGGAUCAACACAGUGGCUCAGGCCUUACACCUUCUCAGUACUCUCUACGGACCCUUUCCCAAUUGCUACGGGAUUGGUAGAUGUGCCAAGAUGUCAUAUGAGCUAUGGAGGAAACUGGAGGAAGAGGAGGACAGCGAAGCAAAAGGCCGAAGACCAGAGAUUGGGCAUAUCUUUCUCCUGGACCGAGACAUGGACUUUGUGACAGCGCUUUGCUCCCAAGUUGUCUACGAGGGCCUGGUAGAUGACACCUUCCGCAUCAAGUGUGGGAGUGUGGACUUUGGCCCGGAGGUCACGUCCUGUGACAAGAGCCUGAAGGUGCUCCUCAAUGCAGAGGACAAGGUGUUCAGUGAGAUUCGUAACGAACACUUCUCCAAUGUCUUCGGCUUCCUGAGCCAGAAGGCCCGGAACCUGCAGGCCCAGUAUGACCGCCGGAGAGGCAUGGACAUAAAGCAGAUGAAGAACUUCGUGUCUCAGGAGCUCAAGGGACUGAAGCAGGAGCACCGCCUGCUGAGCCUCCAUAUUGGGGCCUGCGAAUCCAUCAUGAAGAAGAAAACCAAGCAGGACUUCCAGGAGCUCAUCAAGACUGAGCACGCACUGCUAGAGGGGUUCAAUAUCCGUGAGAGCACCAACUACAUAGAAGAGCACAUCGACCGGCAGGUGUCACCUAUAGAGAGCCUUCGCCUCAUGUGCCUUUUGUCCAUCACGGAGAACGGUUUGAUUCCCAAGGAUUACCGAUCUCUGAAAACCCAGUACAUGCAGAGCUAUGGCCCCGAACACCUGCUGACCUUCUCCAACCUGCGGCGAGCUGGGCUUCUGACAGAGCAGGCCCCAGGGGACGCGCUCACGGCCGUGGAGAGCAAAGUGAGCAAGCUCGUGACCGACAAGGCUGCCGGAAAGAUUACCGACGCCUUCAGUUCCCUGGCCAAGAGGAGCAACUUCCGCGCCAUCAGCAAGAAGCUGAAUUUGAUCCCACGCGUGGACGGGGAGUAUGACCUGAAAGUGCCCCGGGACAUGGCGUACGUCUUCAGCGGUGCCUACGUGCCCCUGAGCUGCCGGAUCAUCGAGCAGGUGCUGGAGCGGCGGAGCUGGCAGGGGCUGGAGGAGGUGGUGCGACUGCUUAACUGCGGCGAGUUUGCGUUCACAGACAUGGCCAAGGAAGACAACAAGGCUUCCAGCGAGUCCCUGCGCCUCAUCUUGGUGGUGUUCCUGGGUGGCUGCACGUUCUCUGAGAUCUCAGCCCUGCGGUUCCUGGGCAGAGAGAAGGGGUACAGGUUCCUUUUCCUGACCACAGCUGUCACCAACAGUGCUCGCCUUAUGGAGGCCAUGAGUGAGGUGAGAGCCUGAAGGCUUGCCCGGCCAUGCUGCCGGCGCUGGCGCCCCGCUGCUGCACCUGCCCGGAGCGGAGCACCAUGGGACUUAGGGGACUUACGGAGACUUGGGAGAUCUAAGGAGAGGUCACAACUUCCCCUGGGGUGUUUUUCCUUUUGUCUGUGAAAUACAGGCCAUGCUGCUAAGAUUGGGGGAAGAGGAGUCCCUUGGUAAACCCUGCUCAAGCGUCACUGUAAAUAAAGACUGUGUAGGCGACA